AUGAGGGUUGGGGCUGGUCGGGCCUUGCUGACUGUGGGAGCGUCCCGCAAGGAGGCCAAGCUAGACCUACUGCCCUUUGGUGGCCAAGGCGAGGUACAGGGCCAGUCCCGGGAAAGGCUGACCCUUUCAGAGAGGAGCUUUGCCCCUCUGACCCCGCGGAUGACAGUAAUGUCAGGUCGGGCCAGGACCCGAGCCCGAGGCCGCGCGCGAGGUCGGGCGCCCUCUCAACCCACCCUGCCGCCGGGAGCCGCCGCGCCUCCGCCGCCGGGAGCCGCCGCGCCUCCGCCGCCGGGAGCCGCCGCGCCUCCGCCGCCGGGAGCCGCCACAGCGUUGUACUUAACAUUGUCCUUUGUUUACAUUUCCAUUUGUUUUUUAUCACAUAAAAUUCAUGGUUUUUGCAUUUGUUUCUGUGCAGAGGAACUUCAGCUGGGGGCUGGAUUGCAGGCAUUGUCACUGAAGGGGAAAAGGGGUCUUGGAGCCAUUUUUCAAGACCAGGUGGUGAAUACCCGACAGUACUUGGAACAUGUGAAAGACUCCACAACAGGAACGCAAGGUAGAGUGGUAAAGCUAUUCACCAACCAUUUCCGAGUGACCUCUCGUCCUGAACUCCUCACGUAUAAGUAUAACAUUGAUUACAUGCCAGAGAUUGAAGAUGGAAAAGUUCGUACAGAUUUGCUUUGCCAGCAUAAACAUGUAAUUGGAGAGUGUCACAUAUUUGAUGGGAACUCUUUAUUACUGCCUCAUAAACUACAAAAGCAGAAAACAGAACUGGUCAGCCGAUGGGGCAAAAAGAUUGUGAAGGUCACCAUUGAAUUCUGCAGUGAACUCAAACCCACCUCACUGGACUGCUUACGUUAUUACAACAUUCUCUUUAGAAAGAUUUUGAAGAUGAUGGAUUUGAAGCAAGUUGGUCGCAACUAUUACAACGAGAAUGAGGCCACAGAGUUCCUCAAUCAUAAGCUGGUAAUCUGGCCUGGAUAUAGUACUUCUAUUCUUGAGUAUGAAACCAGCAUUACCCUCUGUGCUGAUGUGAACCAUAAACUGCUCCGAAUGCAAACUGCUUAUGAUCUAAUAAUGCAUGUUGAUAACAAAUCCCAAAGGAAAGAUGCUAAGGAAAUCUCUAAAGAAUUAGUUGGAUCAAUUGUUUUUACAAAGUAUAACAAUAGAACCUAUCGGGUGGAUGCUAUUAAUUGGGUGGAGACUCCCAGAAGUACAUUUAAGAAAUCAGGUGGUGAGGAAAUCACCUUUGUAGACUACUACAAGGAGCAACAUGGUCUAGUGGUUACUGACCUAACUCAGCCACUUUUGGUCAGCAAAGGCAAAUGGAAAAAGAGCCAACAGGACACGCCCCAUGAGCCUAUAAUGCUGGUUCCUGAGCUAUGCUACCUGACAGGUCUAACAGAUGAAAUGCGUAAAGACUACAGAGUGAUGAGAGACUUGGCUAUGCAUACAAGGUUGGAUCCAGAAAAAAGGCAGCAUGAAUUACAAAGAUUCAUGAAUAUUGUACAAAAAAAUAAGAGUGCACAAAGGGAACUCCAACUUUGGGAUUUGAAAUUUGACCCCAACUUCGUGUCUUUCUCAGGAAGAAUUAUGAAAGAAGUAAGAAUUCUUCAAGGAAGCAGAGCGUUCAAUUCCCAUCCACAAUUUGCAGAUUGGUCAAAAGAAACUAGAAGUGGACCUUUACUCAAUGUGAAGUCACUAGAUCAUUGGCUAGUGCUAUAUCCUAGGAGAAAUUAUGGAGCAGCCUUGUCCUUGCUACAGAGCCUACGGAAAGUUACACCCACCAUGGGCAUAGCUAUGAGAGACGCAAAAAUGCUUGAAGUAAAUGAUACAGUCCAAUCCUAUACAACCAUCUUAGAAAACCAUGUGUCAUCCAAAACACAGAUGGUCCUUUGUGUGCUGUCCAGUGACAGGAAAGACCUGUAUGAUGGCAUUAAAAAAUACCUGUGCGUCAAUUGCCCCAUCCCAAGCCAGUGUGUGGUGGCACGGACCUUAGACAAACCCCAGACGCUGAUGACCAUUGCUACAAAGAUUGCCCAGCAGAUGAACUGCAAGAUGGGAGGAGCCCUCUGGAAGGUGGAAACAGGAUUACGGAAUGCAAUGUUCGUCGGUAUUGACUGUUUCCACGAUAUUGUAAAUCGACGGAAGUCCAUUGCAGGCUUCGUGUCCAGCGUCAAUCAGGAAUUAACACAGUGGUUCUCUCAGUGUGUCUUCCAAGAAGCGGGGCAGGAGCUUGUGAGUGGGCUGAAAGCCUGCUUGGAAGCUGCCCUGAAGCUCUGGUAUAAACAUAAUCUAUUUCUGCCACAAUCCAUCAUUGUGUAUCGGGAUGGAGUGGGGGACGGUCAGCUUCAAGCACUGAUUGAACACGAAGUACCACAGAUUCGGUCCUCCUUAAAAUCUGUUUACGGCGACGAGUCUAAGGUCCGACUAACUGUCGUUGUGGUGAAGAAACGAAUAAAUACCAGAUUUUUUGCUGAGUAUCAAGGAAGACUUCAAAAUCCACUUCCAGGAACGGUUAUUGAUGUGGAGGUGACCAAGAGGCAAUGGUAUGACUUUUUUAUCGUGAGCCAGUCUGUGAAAGAUGGUACUGUCACUCCCACUCACUAUAAUGUUAUCCAUGACACUGUUCACUUCACCCCAGAUGGAAUACAGUGUCUAACUUACAGACUAUGCCACAUGUAUUAUAAUUUGUCAGGUGUCAUUCGAGUCCCUGCUCCUUGUCACUAUGCCCAUAAACUGGCUUACCUUGUGGGCCAGAGUAUCCACCAAGAACCACACUAUUCCCUGGCAAGCCGUCUCUUUUACCUGUGACCCACAGAAGAGAGCCUGACGACUUGUUGAAAGCCACCAUUUGUGAACUUAUUUUUCCUUUUUAAGUUGUCCUUCUGAGAUACUUUCCUCGAUGCAGUUUUAAAUUAUAAUCAUUAUUGGUUAGACAUGAGGGUUCAGAGUGGCGCAUGCUUUGGGCAAUACUACCACUGACUGAACAUGACCCUUCUAUUUUCCAGGCAGGAAAAUGGGCUGUGAGGGUUUUGUCUUGCAAUCCACCUUUGAAAUGCAUUACAGUGACUUUAUGAUUGACCAUGCCUGAACACUUGGUGUUCUGAGCAAGUUACUGUACUCAGUGUAGUGGCUGGACAUUAGUCACGUGCACAGGUAGAUUAUACUUGGAAAAUAAUACCUUUUUGAAACACUUAGCUCUUAAAGAACAGCAAAGCUCUAAAAAA